CUUUUCUGAUCCCCGUUAGCUCCUCAGCAGUUGCAGAAGGCUCAGUUUCCCAACAAUGGCCUCCUAUGCUCUCUCACAGUCCCACCGGGACAUCCUUGAAAAGCCUCUGGUCGAGGUUGAUCCUGAGAUCGCGCAGGUCAUGGAAAAAGAAAUCCAACGUCAGCGCGAAUCUGUCGUCUUGAUUGCUUCGGAGAACUUCACCUCCCGCGCUGUUUUCGAUGCGCUUGGCUCGCCCAUGUCCAACAAGUACUCUGAAGGAUACCCCGGUGCUCGCUACUACGGUGGCAACCAGCACAUUGAUGCUAUCGAGCUCACAUGCCAAGCUCGUGCAUUGAAGGCAUUCAAUCUGGACCCUGCCAAGUGGGGAGUCAACGUUCAGUGCCUCAGUGGCAGCCCUGCCAACUUGCAGGUCUACCAGGCUCUCAUGCGCCCCCAUGACCGCCUGAUGGGACUGGAUCUCCCCCACGGUGGCCACCUGAGUCAUGGAUACCAAACUCCCUCCAAGAAGAUCUCUGCCGUUUCGACUUACUUUGAAACCUUCCCUUACCGUGUCAACCUCGAGACCGGCAUCAUUGAUUACGAUGCUUUGGAGGCCAAUGCCGAGCUAUACCGCCCUAAGUGCCUCGUUGCUGGUACUUCUGCCUACUGCCGUCUCAUUGACUACGCCCGCAUGCGUAAGAUCGCCGACAAGGUCGGUGCCUAUCUGAUUGUCGACAUGGCCCACAUCUCCGGUCUAAUUGCCGCCGGUGUCAUUCCGUCCCCAUUCGAGUAUGCUGAUGUGGUGACCACCACCACUCACAAGUCUCUUCGUGGUCCCCGUGGUGCCAUGAUCUUCUUCCGCAAGGGCGUCCGCAAGAUCGACCCCAAGACCGGUAAGGAGAUCAUGUAUGAUCUUGAGGGUCCUAUCAACUUCUCUGUCUUCCCUGGCCACCAGGGUGGUCCUCACAACCACACCAUCACCGCUCUUGCUGUUGCCCUCAAGCAGGCAGCUACCCCCGAAUUCAAGCAGUACCAGGAGCAGGUUCUUAAGAACGCUAAGGCGCUCGAGAAUGAGUUCAAGACGAUGGGUUACAAGCUCGUCUCCGAUGGUACGGACAGCCACAUGGUCCUUGUGGAUCUCCGGCCGAAGAGCCUGGAUGGGGCUCGUGUCGAGGCCGUCUUGGAGCAGAUCAACAUUGCAUGCAACAAGAACUCCAUCCCUGGUGACAAGUCUGCCCUGACCCCUUGCGGCAUUCGUAUUGGUGCCCCCGCCAUGACAACCCGUGGUAUGGGAGAAGAGGACUUCAAGCGUAUUGCCCGCUACAUUGGCCAGGCCGUCGACAUCAGCAAGAAGGUUCAGGACGAACUUCCCAAGGAGACCAACAAGCUUAAGGACUUCAAGGCCAAGGUUGCCUCCGAUUCCGUUCCUGAGAUCCUGGAACUGCGCAAGGAGAUUGGUCAGUGGGCAAGCACCUUCCCUCUGCCAGUAUAAAUGGAACGGCUGCUACAUCCUCAAUAAGUAGCGUCGUUGAUGCUGUAUGGGUGCUCUGGGAGUCAGAUGAAAGCAAUCUUCAACUUUUCUUUUCAACAAUAACACGUAAUUUCAACAUUAUUGUCUUCGGCAUGCUGUCAACAAAAAAGGGAAAAUAGAGCGAAGUGCGUUAUAAGGUUUUCAAUAAUAUGGGACUACUUCUUUCAACCUAAUGCGGGUCAUGGGAAUACAUUUAACAUCAACAUCUGAAACGGGUAUAUGACAACUUUCAACACGGAUAGUUAAAAGAAUAAAGUUCAAAGUACCAGUUGGCAUUUUUAUGGUUUGGUUAUUUUUCUCCUUGUGUUCUUUUAUAUAUAACUAGUUGUGAAAUCCAGUCGAGACUCCUGGUUCAACUCGAUUGAACCUGGCAGCUCUCUUAUGAAACAUAGCGCAG